AUGGUUUCCCGUCCACCACGGGUCCCGCCCGGCUACAUCGCCAUCUACGGGGCGGACAAGGUCCUCCUGCUGAUGGUGCUGCACCUGAACUCGCCCGUCGCGUGCGACCCGGAGCGGCCGUUCGACUCCGCCGAGGCCCAGCGCGGGGUGGAGCGCGGCUUCAUCGACACCUUCUGCGGGCGGGUGAUCCGCUCGAACAUCUCGGGCGAUUUCGCCUCGCCCCGGAGCUACGAUGAGGUCGUCGGCCGGGAGGGCGCAUUCGCGACCUGCGUCGAGCUCACCAGGGAGCUCAUGUGCACCGUGCACCUCGAUCCUUCCGUCCUGCAGGGCAAUGGGGAUUCGCUGAGGGACCGACUCCUCCAAGGGUGGGGGUUCGGCGUGGAUGCAAGGAAAGGGUAA